AUGGCUCGGCAGCGCAUCCUCGAGCUUUCGCGCGUCGUCACUCGUGGCGCCCGAAGCUGCGGCGUUCGAAGCUCCCGCCUUCGCCUCGUUCAAUGUGCCUCGGCCGCCCUCCUCCCACAACCAGGUCGCCCCACGCCCCGGCGAGCGUUCUCCUCGUCUCCCUUGACGGCCAAGGGCAUCAUGCCGGACACGGACAGCCCGGCAAAGGAAGCUGCGGCGAGGACGAAACGAUCGCUGGGCGUUGCCGAGCUGGCCGAUGGCGAGUACCACGAUCUCGCCGACACCUACCUGGACGCGGUGCUGGCCAAGUUUGAGCUCCUGCAGGAUUCGCGGGAAGACAUCGACAUUGAAUUCGCCGCUGGCGUCAUGACCAUUACCGUGGCCGACAAGGGAACCUACGUCAUCAACAAGCAGCCGCCGAACAAGCAGAUUUGGCUCUCGUCGCCCAUCUCGGGCCCCAAGCGCUACGACUGGUGCAUCCUCGGCCAAGGUCAGGCGGAGAAGGAGGGCACCGGGUCCGGCAGUUGGGUCUACGUGAGAGAUGGCGUCAGCUUGAGCGAGCUCAUCCUCCAAGAACUCGGCGUCACGAUUGACAAGUCGGCCGACAGCUAG